UUCUUUUUGCCUCCGUGCACCAACAAGAUACAUCAUAAUUCUUAAACACGGAAGUGUGUUUCUUUAUUGUCUUUUUUCUGUAAAAAGUGCCUGACUUAGAUAGAUGGUUAUGAACAUUUUCUAUGCUUUGUGCAUUCUAUUGCACGUUGCUGUAGCAUACCCAAAUGAUAUGGUCCGCGAAAGGCGAAUAGUUGGUGGUCAGACGAUGAAGAGGGGAGAAUGGCCCUUCUUGGCCUCAUUACAUUAUCUGAAGCCGAUUCAAUUUACACGUAAAACCCACAUGAAACAUCUUUGUGGAGGAGCCCUGAUUCAUCCCAAAUGGAUACUGACAGCUGGACAUUGUGUCGGAUUAUUCGAGGAAUUGGCCGUGGAAGACAACUGGAACGUUGUUCUUGGGGAACACAAUCAGUAUUUGAAGGAUCUCGGGGAGCAAAUAAUCAAACCAGAGAGCUUCUUCCUACACCCUGGCUUCCUACCACACGUGACAAAUAUUUUACAGAACGACAUUGCGCUAAUCAAGCUAACGGAAGAAGCGAAAUUAACACCGUAUGUUGGAGUUAUCCCUUUAUCUAACACUAGCAGUAUUAAAGACGGUACAGAAUGUCAAACUGGAGGCUGGGGGCAGCUAGCUAGUAAUCCUUACGGCUGGGGUAUGUAUAUACCUCUCAAAACUACGCUGUACGUGAUCAACAAUAACACGUGCGAUGAGGCAUACAAGAAGCUCGAGUACAGUGAUGGUGAAAUACACCUGGUUAUUGACCACACAGUGCUAUGUGCCGGAAUUCCAGAAUAUAUGCAGACACAAAACCAAAAUGAUAACAACGGGAAUCCGGACGCUUGCAACGGUGAUUCAGGAUCUCCACUUUUGUGUCCAACAGGUCCCGGCGGAGAAUUUGAGGUUGCCGGAAUCGUAUCCGCCGGCAAAGGGUGUGGCACUGGUGUUUAUCCCGGAAUUUACGCAAAAACCGCACACUACGCUAACUGGAUCAGAGAGGUCAUGGAAAAUAACUGAAAUCGGCCGUGUCUAUCUAAUAAUCUAUCUAAUAAUCUAUCUGUUCAUUUGUAUUAUUUUUUGUUUAUCUUGCUCCAUAUGCAUCUUAUCGAGAAUAAUUGAUUAAAGAAGCUUGCCUCCAGAUUAAUGAUAAUUUUCAUAAAAUUUUGAAAAUUUGCCAACAUUACUAACAACCAACGUAAUUUACCAAAAAAGAGGUCAAAAUAUGCCUGAAUGCGUAAGUAAUGCAGUAGAAAUACGGUGAUAUAUAUAUACGGCAAAAUCAGUUAUUAAUACUGCAUAACUUGUAAAUCAUUACUUGAAUUACAUUUUUUUUUAAAAGCUUAGUAUAUUUUUCUCGUGCAAAGGCAUGCAGCUAGCAUAUAAUAGUACUGUCACAUGAACACGCGCAAUCUAGUCUUAAUAUUGUUCGGCAUAAAAGAAUUAAAGAAUUUACAUAGAGAUACCAAUAAAAAUAAGUAUAACAGUAUUAAUGUUAU